CAGAGAGGGAAACAGGAACAGAAAGUAGAAGACAUGUCAAGAUGUCUGGGUGAGGGGACCAGAAAUGAAAAGAAAGGAGCAGAAGCCAGAUGCCAAAACAGAAGUUUGAGCAGCUCACUGGAUUAGACGAGAGGGGCGAGCUGACCUGCCACUUCACAUGUGCCUGUGGGACGGACGCAUUAUUCAACCACGUCUCUGCUAAAUUAAGCAAAAAGCAAAAGGGCGAGAAGACAAGAGAAAGACUCCAGAAGACAAAGAGAAAGAAAACUGUCAAAGUUAUUCCCAAAACUUUGAGGAUUUUGUCUUUUUCACCCAGCAUCAAGACCACCACGACUGGACGAUUUCAAAGAAAAUCCUGUCGUAACGAAUGAAUCGCUCGGUAUUUGUUUGAAUAAUGCGUUGGCUUUGUAAGCAGCAAGCAGGGAGGCUCACGUGAAGUCACCCCGCGUGCUUCCAGUGUUUCCAUUUAACAUAAACAACACAAGCCUGGGUGCACACGCCGGCCUCAUCACACAGCGCCACAGACUCUGAUCGCUCGAAGAGGAAAAGAGAAGCACGCAAAAGUUCAACCUCACGUCGCCAGAAAUAUCUGCAGUGACAGAUCUUGGGUCGGUGAGGUUUUGUCGAGAAUAAAACGUCAUUAUUCAUAAGUUGAGAUCUGAAGGCAGAAUCUUAAUUAGCAGAUGUAUAUCCUGCUGUCGAGUCGGCACAUUUACUGAAUUGCAGACUUCACAGCCGUGUAAAGGACUUACUUUCACUUCAAUUAAAAGGAGUCGGCGCUCCAUAUCGCAAAGCCAUGGGUGGGGGAACGGACAGCAUCCAGGAUUUCUUCCAACUACUUUGGGGCUUUGCGACAGAAAAACACAACCAGGGGGUGUACAACACCGUCUGCCUUGUGCUCCUCUUAACUCUUCCCCUACUCGUCCUCCUCACUACUUUGGUGGUGUGCUGCCACUGCUGCUGCUGUCGCCAAGCCAACAGCUGCUGCUGCUGCUGCUGCUGCUGCAAAGGCGCCAUGGCAACCACGCGGUCAGAAACGAAGAAGAGAAAGAAUUCUGCCGAGGAUUUGUGGAUCUCUGUCAAGAAUGGGCCGAUGACCCCUGACAUGGUCGCCCUGCCAUUGGUGUAGGAAUUCCCUUUUUUUCGUACUAUUUCUGGUCCCGGUUGGCGCAGUGGUGCAGUGAUGGAGCAUCGCCGACGUUUGAAGCUCAAUGUAGCCUGGACUCAAAGGACAUUGUUAAAACCAACCGAAGGACCUCACAUUUUUAGCUGAAAUGUGGAAGCAGUGUACAGAUUGUUGUCAUGGUGUGUUCAUAAUGCUGGAGAAUGUUUACAACGUUUUGUUUUUGCUUUUAAGUGUCUGGUACAUAAAAGAAGAAAUAUGCGGAGGCAUAGACGUACCUGCGAGAGUGUGUGUGUGUGUGUGUGUGUGUGUGUGUGUGUGUGUGAGUAGGUUAGAGACAAAGAGUGUGUGUGAGGGAGAAGUACAGUGUUAUUGAGAGGCCAUUUGUUCUUAGUGCUCCCAUGUGAAAUUCACUGUGUCUGUACUUGAGAGAGAGAGAGACUAUUUAAGGUGAGCCCGGCGUUCAGAGGGCUGUAAUACUGCCUGCUUUCCCAUCCAAGAGUCUCUCCUCUAAAAAGCUAAUGAUGCUGAACAAGUUUUGAAGAGACUGAUUUUUUUUUAAAACUUCCUAAAUUCAUACGUGAUAUGAUGGAGUUUAAGCCAUAUGAGGGAAAGUUUUACUGUUUUUUUUUUUUAAAUGUCACAGGUUUCAGGUCAAACACGCUUUAAAUGCACAAGACACAGUGUAACAAGAAAAACACAAAAGUAAAACUCAAAUUGGCAGAUAUUUAAUGCACUGAGACAACAACCAUAGGCCAUAAUGUUUUAGGGGCUCUUACUAUGUAAGGAUUAUACAUAAUACAACAAUUUGCUACUAACAUUACCAUUAAACAAUAGUGAAAGCAAAAAAACGCAUGCUUUUUCAGUGUGAUCCUAAAUGUUCUGAUGGACAUUUCCUAUUAUUUCAUCACUGUAUGUAAAUAUAUAUUUUUGUUGAGUUGUUAAUUUCACAUGUAAAUUGUUGGUAGAUUUAUUUAGGAUUAAACUAUAUAUACUGUAUAUCAUAUCAUGGAGCACGUGACCACAUGACUUUAUUUCUGAAAUUGUCCCUAAAGAUUUUUUAAUUCUUAAAUGUUUGAACAGCACUGGCCCAGAUGUGUUUAGAUCAAUCAUGUCUGUACAUUUAGCUGCAUCUAAUUAGAUGAAUUUGAAAAAUUCAAACUGUUAAAAUAUGUGAAUAUACCUAAAAAAAAAUCUACUGCCAAAAUAAUAGCUAUUUCUAACAUUACACAACACAUAUUUGAAUUAAGGAACGAGAAAUUCCUGAAAUAAUUUGGGCUUCAAGUGAAUUUCGCCUGAUGGGUGAUAUUCUUUUUGAAGUGUAUGACAUCUCAAAGCCCAAUUAAGCAGCAGCGUCUCAGCAGCAUCAUCGUGUUCAGGCAAUAGCGCACACUGACACUAAGUUGAUGUUCUUGCUCUCAAGGCGCUGCUGGGAAAACCGGCGCCAACUCAUUUCAUUACAGCUCAGACACAAACAUCCCCGUGUGGAAAAGGGAGUUGCUCUCCCUCCCUCUCCCUCUCCCUCCCCCUCGCGCUUGAUGUUCAGAGAGUGAAACAGUAUUUGUUGAGAUUGAUUGGAAAGCUUGCCCUGCAAAAUAAAAGCCCUGGUAAGCUGC